UGGAGCGUUGAGGAGCUCCGCUUCGUCUGUCCCUUUGUCGGUAGAGCUCUCGCGGCUCUCUCAGGAGCCCACUCCCCAGUUGCUGCCGCCGCAACUCGAGGGGACACUCGAGACGCGAACUUCCUCUGGUACCCCACGUGUACAGCCAGCUCGGGGUCCAUUUCUUGUCCCUGAGGGUCUCCGCGCUGCCCGCGAGCCAAGCCGCACCGCCUGCAGGGGGCAGAGGCAGGCAGUCUGGACGGAGGCGGAGGCUGCCGGGGGAAAGGCAAGUACCCGGGACCUUCUGCAGACACUGCCCUCCCACCGCCAUCCAUUUUCUCAUUCUUCUCUGGAUCUAGGCUUUUCACCUCAAAGAGGGCUGGACACCUCCAUGAUCACAACCAAUGUAUCAGGAAAUGGCUCUGCUCUCUGGGAACCCCGACCCCAACUUCACCCCGUACUCUUACAGUGGCUUCGAGAAGCUCUGCAAGGUGCAGGCUAAGAAGGGCUUAUUCUACAAGAAAGCUAGGCUCUUGCAUCCUGGAGAAGACUCCUGUUGCCCCACUUACUGUGAGGACUGGCCCCAACAUGUCAUCAUCAAUGUGGGCGGCAUCAAGUACAGACUACCUUGGACUACCCUAGAGAACUGCCCUCUGACUCGGCUGGAGCGGCUGAAGUCCUGUCACAACCACGAUGAGAUCAUGAGUGUCUGUGAUGACUACGAUGUCAGCAGCAAUGAAUUCUUCUUCGACCGCAACCCUUGUGCCUUCAAGACCAUCAUGAAUUUUCUCACUGCAGGGAAGCUGAGGCUCCUUCGAGAGAUGUGUGCCCUCUCCUUCCAGGAUGAGCUGGCUUACUGGGGGAUUGAGGAGGAAUGCCUGGAGUGGUGCUGCCUUAGGAGACUUCGGCAUAAAGAAGAAGAAGUCGCAGAGGCUCAGUUUUAUGAGACUGAGCUGAUGGUGAAUGAGUCUCCACCCUGUGCCUUCCAGGAGGGCAGUCGGCUGGCUCAGUGCAUGAGACAGCUCAGGGACAUGGUAGAGAAUCCUCACUCUGGGAUUCCUGGGAAAAUGUUUGCCUGCAUCUCUGUUUCCUUUGUGGCCAUCACUGCAGUCAGCCUCUGCAUGAGCACUAUGCCAGAUAUUCGAGCCGAGGAGGAUCGGGGUGAAUGCUCCCCCAAAUGCCACAACCUCUUUGUGCUGGAGACUGUCUGCGUGGCCUGGUUCUCCUUUGAGUUCCUUCUCCGCUCAAUCCAGGCUGAGAGCAAGUGCGCCUUCCUCCGGACACCACUCAACAUCAUUGACAUCUUGGCCAUCCUGCCUUUCUACAUCUCCCUUAUUGUGGAUCUGGCUUCUGCCCGAAAUAGCAAGCCAGGUGGCGCUGGGAAUAAAUACCUGGAACGAGUGGGACUUGUGCUGCGUUUCCUUCGAGCGCUGCGUAUCCUAUACGUCAUGCGAUUGGCCCGUCACUCCCUGGGCCUCCAGACCCUGGGGCUGACUGUGCGCCGCUGCACCCGUGAAUUUGGGCUUCUUCUCCUCUUUCUUUGUGUGGCCAUGGCCCUCUUCUCCCCAUUGGUUUACCUGGCAGAGAGUGAAUUAGGAGCUGGAAAGGAGUUUACCAGCAUCCCUACCAGCUAUUGGUGGGCAGUCAUCUCCAUGACAACUGUGGGUUAUGGAGAUAUGGUACCCCGAAGCAUCCCUGGGCAGGUGGUCGCUCUGAGCAGUAUCCUCAGUGGCAUCCUGCUGAUGGCCUUCCCAGUUACCUCCAUCUUCCAUACUUUCUCUCGUUCCUACACAGAGUUAAAAGAACAACAGCAGCGGGCUGCAAAUCAUGAGAUGCACCUUUUGGAAGAGAGCACCAGGUCCCACACAGAAGACAGUUCUUCUCAGGCAAUGGAUAGCUCCUUCCUACCUGGGGGACCGGCAGCUGCUGCUGUCCUGGAGCAACAAUGGGCACUAGCAAAUCAUGCUGCCAGAAGGAGCUGCUGAUGGAAAGCCAGGAAAGUCAUGGCCAAGUCAGCACCCAAAGCAAUGGGAAAAGAGGAGCUGUUUCUUCCUCAGCCUCUAAAAUGAAGACAGUUGGCACUAUGUAUAAAUUUGCCUGUGAACAAGGGAGAUAGGAGAAGGGAAUAUAGUUAGGGAAGCUCAUUCUAAAAAAUAAAGUAUUUUUUGAGUUUUGGUACAGAGCCAAUAUGUAUCCAGCUCCACUGUACAUAAGCUUUUUAGUUAAGUCACCCUGACAUGAAUGUAGACUGGAGGCUCCUUUGUGGACUUGGCACUGACGCCAAGAAAAUGCUACUUCUCCCUGAUAACUCUAAAAAUAAGGCUAAGUCACUUAGACAAAGCCCUUUCCUGAUAUCAUCAGAAAAAGGGGAAGGAGGUCUCGGUGGAGAGUCAGGCUUCAGAAACACAGCUACCUGCUGAUAGGUCUAAGCCUGACUCUUAAUGGUUAUGCAUAAAUUUAGUAAACAUGUAUAUUGCUCCAAUAAGCUCUGGCUGCAGAUGAACCUAACCUAUCCAGACAGACACCUAACAUCUCAGCAGCUGGCCUUUUUAAUGAGGAGGUGGAAUGUCAAAGAUAGGCUUGGGCUUUGAGAGUAAACAGUCUUUCUAAAAAGCAGAUCAUGGGCCUUGUUCUUUUCCUACUUCCAUUAGAAAGAAUUCUAUAACUCCAUAAAAAUAAAUUCCAAACGCCUUAGGAAAUUUAAGACUUCAAUUCAAAAUAAUCAAGACUAGCUUGACUUUUAGCUGUAGGUACUUUUCUUCUUGUAGAUACCUUGUUCUUGAGCCAAGAUGGCCACCUCAUUCUCUGUAGUCCCUUAAUUAGCACCUGCUCUUAGAUGGGGGGAAAAUAUCCAGCCCUUUCACCUCCCCCAUAUGAUAAUAAAUUCACAUAUACUUAAGGAGGACUUUGCUAAUUUCUUUCCUUCUCAUACUGAAAGCCUUCAAUUUCAGGAAGGGGCCAUUCAACCCAGGGUGAACAAUCAGCAAAAGCCACAAUCAUCUCACUGAUUCUUCAGAAUACCUUCUGUCUCUCUUAAAUUUCUGCCAUGCCAUCAUUGAUGGUAAUUAAAAUAACUCAGGACCCCUAAGGAAUCCUUAGAUAGAGUUCACUUGGUCUGUGACCUUGAGUAGAAAAAAAAUUACAUCUUUAUUUCCAUUAACCUCUAAAUGAAAUUUAGCAUUUCCUCCAAUUAUGACUGUAGGCAAUGGAUCAUUAUUCUUUGAGAGGGUAUAUAGGCUUCACCAAAUUGCCAAAGGUAUUCAUGACACAAAAAAGGUUAAGAACCCAAUUUAGAUGACAGUGACAUUAUAAGUUCCCCCUUUUAUGUAAUGAGAAAAUUGCUUUCUCCCCCACAUCCCACCUUCUUGCCUUCCCCAAAUUGCAGUAUACCAAAACCUACCACAGAUAAAUAAACUAUGGAGAAAGAAGAGCAAUUUCUCAGAUACCCAAUUUACAUUAACUGCAUCUGAAUCUGACAGAGGGUCUAGGUGACCUUAGACAUUUCACUUACCUCUCAGGGGUCCAGGAAAUCUCCAAAUUGCUGAAGAGUUCCUGAUCUGCUCUGGUAGAUGGAAUUUUCUCACCGAGAAUUCCCUGCAUCAAUGACAUAACAGGUUGGGAAACCCUCCCCUCCUCUCUCCCCCCACAAUGGUAGGCAUGACAUUGUGUGCAUAAAUUCUCCCUCUACUUUGAAUUCCUCUCCACCAUCCCCCAUACAGCUAAAUCCACAGCUGCUAGGAGCAACACUAUCCCAUAAGCAUGAAUUUUUUUGUAUUUUGUGGAAAUAGAGAGAAAUGGGAAUUUCUAAGUCCUGCUGCUUUUAAAUUUUUAAUUAAGAACAAGUAAACAAUAAAAGCCUGAUGUCAGGCCAUUUUACCAUCAGCCUUUGUCUCUGGGAACUGAAAAAAUAAGGCUUCCUGGGCUCUGGAGGAGAAACUGAUUUAUGUGCAGAAGAAAUGGUCAUUGUCCCCAUUUGUCUUACAGCUCCAAGGCACACUAUGAGUCCUGCUAUCCUUCCCAUUGGCAGCCUAGUUGUAAAAAGACAACAUAGCCACUGGUACUCAGGGGCAAGAAGGGUGGCUGAUGGGGGGAGGGCCUGUUGAGAAAUCUGUUAUAAUUUAAUAAAAAUGCCAGAGCUCUUCUACACACAA